AUGCCUAUCAUCAAGACUCCCGUCAAUAAGAUCUCGCUCACCAACGUCUCGUUGGUGCGCAUGAAAAAGGGCAAGAAGCGCUUCGAGAUAGCAUGCUACAAGAACAAGGUCCUGGAAUGGCGCAGCGGCGUCGAGCAGGACCUCGACAACGUCCUCCAAAUCCCCAACGUCUACAUGAACGUCAGCAAGGGCCAGACGGCCAACCAGCAGGACCUGGCCAAGGCCUUCGGCGCCGACAAGUCGCGCGACGACAUUAUCCUCGAGAUCCUGAAGAAGGGCGAGCUGCAGGUUGGUGAGAAGGAGCGCAACGCCCAGCUGGAGCGCGUGCACGCCGAGGUCAUCGACAUCGUUGCUGGCAAGCUCGUCGACCCCAAGUCGAAGAGAGUCUACACCACGGGAAUGAUUGAAAAGGCCCUCGACCAGCUGAGCUCGCAGACAGCCCAGGCUGCCACCGACAGCGGCACCUCGACCCCGCAAACCGGCGAAGGGAAGGAGGUUUCGAAGAAGGAUCUUCCCAAGUGGACUGGCGUCAACGCGAACAAGUCGGCAAAGUCCCAGGCGCUGGAUGCUAUGAAGGCUCUCAUUGCCUACCAACCCAUUCCCGUUGCCCGUGCUCGCAUGAGGUUGCGCAUCACCUGCCCCACCAACAUCCUCAAGCAGGCCGUCAAGUCUGCACCAAAGCCCGGAGACGAUGGUGACGACAACAAGGCAACAGGCACCGUCAAGGAUCGCAUUCUGAGUUACGUUGAGGAGGUUGAGGGUCAGGAUGUCCUUGGUGACGAGUGGGAAUGCACCGGCUUCGUUGAGCCUGGGGCCUUCCGUGCUCUGGGCGAGUUCAUCAGUGGACAGACCAAAGGCCGCGCAAGAGCUGAAGUGCUGGACAUGGCAGUCAUGCACGAAGAUUAA